UUUUUUAAAGGUCAUCCCUGAGAAGUGGAGAAAUGGCUAAACUGACCCAGUUAAUUGACAAUGAAGUUUUUCGGGCUUAUGCUACUUAUGCAGUUAUUGUUCUUCUAAAAAUGAUGCUAAUGAGUCCUAUAACAGCAUUCUUCAGAAUCAGAAGAAAGGCAUUUGCCAACCCAGAAGAUACAGCAUCAUUUGGAAAAGGCGAGAAUGCUAAAAAAUACCUGCGAACUGAUCCAGAUGUUGAACGUGUGCGCAGAGGCCACCUGAAUGACCUUGAAAAUAUCGUCCCGUUCCUUGGCAUCGGACUGCUGUAUGCUCUUAGUGGCCCUGAGCUGUCCACAGCCUUGCUGCAUUUCAGGAUCUUUGCUGGGGCUAGGAUCGCUCACACUUUUGCAUACUUG